GCCAUAACUCACAACUUUUCUUCACCAAAGAAUCCCAAUCAAAACCCUAAAUUUCUUUCCUUGACACCCAAGAAAACAUCAAUUUUGCUCUCCUUUUCUUGAAAAUGGGAGUUACUACUACUCAAUCUCUUAGCUGUGAGAUAAAUAUAGUUCAAGCCAAGAAUUUAAACCUAAAAUCGCAUGGUAAUCUUUUUGUUAGAUACUAUCUUUCUUCAGGAAACAACAAAAGAAUCCAACUAAAUACCCAAGAAAUCUCCUCAAAAUCUAACCUAAUUUGGAAUGAAUCUUUUUCUUUAGAGUGUUUAGGAACUCAGGAUUCUAUCAACAAUUUGAAGCAAGAAACUGUGGUGUUUGAGCUAAGAUGGAGAAACACAAAGCCAAUUCUUGGAAAAAUUGGAGGGUCAAAACUUGUGGGUAGAGCUGAAAUUCCAUGGAAAACAGUUGUUGAAUCGCCAAGAAUGGAAAUCGAAAAGUGGGUCAUGAUGAUUUCAGAAAAGAAUUGCAAAAAUGAUGAUUAUUUUGAGGCUCCUUCAGUGGAAAUACAAAUGAAAGUUAGAGUUCAAGAAAUUGUAGUAAUGGAGAAGAUGAAGAAGAGAAAUGGAAAAUUGAGGGAUUGGAAAAAUGAUGAUCAGUGUGGAUGCUGCAAAGAUAGUGGAUGCAAAUGCCAAGAUUAUGAGAUUUUUGCAUUAGUGGCUGCUUUUGAAGCACUAUAGACACAGAAUUAGAACAGUUUUUAUGUUAGUGUUAAUUUCAUUCGUUUUAGGAAUUGAGUUGUGAAUUACAAUUAUUGUAUAGGAAUUUUCAAAUGAAGAGUUGCUGAUAAAUUGUUCUUGAAAUA